AAAAAAAAAAGUUGUUCUGAUCAAGCGACAGGAUUGCGUUGCUGUUUCACAAAAAAGCUAAUGUAACUGUUUAAAAACAUUUGACGGCUAUCUAUGUUUAUGCUGAGGUGAUAUAAUGUUAUUGCACUUCAGACAUCGACUUCCCAGCCAUGUCAUUUGGUAAUUCAUUUUAUUUAACAAUGAGUACUCCCUACCGACGACAAAACAUGGCUGCGCCCUGUGAUAAAUGUCUGACAGAUGCAGAGGUCUGAGGUCGGUUUAUGAAGAAAGCGCAAUGAUAGUGACUUUAUUCGUUGUCGAAUGAAAUUUUAGUCCCUGUAGUAUUAAUAAAACACAUUUAGCACCAGGUCUCUAUCCAAAUGGGAAAAGGACCAGUUGGUAAAGACUUCACCGGUACAAGUACAACGCAAACUCAGCAGACUCAUCAAACUGUCGGCAAGGACAGCGAAGGAAUAAUGUCAAAUCAAAGUCAAAACAACACUGCAAAGCAUGAACCUGUAAAGGAUGCUUUCAAGACGAGGUCGCCGGGAUGGACACAGUUGCCAUCAACAUCAUUAUUCAGGGCUGUCAAUUUUGAACUUUUUGUUAAGCCGAAUAAGGUUGUCAUGGCCUUUGGGAUAGCUGCUUUCACUGGAUGCGUGUCUUACAUUGUGUACAUGAACAUGAAUGAUGAUAAGAAAAAGACAACGUAUGUAACCCUGGAUGAAGAUGGGGGUACAACAACAAGACAGAGGUCGUCCCGAUGGUACUAAUGCUGCUGGUUUUUUGUUUUUGUUUCCUUUGUGUAAAAAAAGACAAUUGUAGUUCAUGGGACUUGUGACUUGUGUGUUCAAUGCUGUGCUAGUUAAGAUUCUGAAAAA